GGGGCGCUUUGUUUGGGUUUGUUUCAAAUAAAUUCUGUACUAUUUACGUCAUGCUCUGUAAUGGAAAAGAAAACUUCAAUGAAAUUACUUACCUCAGGAGCUGGUUUGCCUCUAUGUGCUGAGGAAACUUAUUUUCUUUUGUAAUAUCUCAUAAUGAGGGUACGGGGACCUAAUUUAUCACCUGAUGUGAAUUUUGCGAAAAAGAACCCUAUUCCGAAUGUCACAGGGAGCCAUCAGAUGACUUGGAAGGAGUUGGCUGAAGCUGAUGAUCUUGCUUCCGCCCUCACCGUUGACCCUUAUCUUGGAUUCACUACCCAUAAAAUGACUGACAUGAAGCUAAGAAUUCCAGAUAGAAUUAAAAUGAAGUUUCGUGAUAUUAUAUGCAACUUUCAGAAGCAUAAAUGUUAUGAUGCUGCCUAUAAUCAGUUGAUAGCCGAUCCAAAUAUUGUAAAACGUCCUUGGAGUGUUGAUCCUCGGUUCAAAGAGCAUGUCAAUCGUUAUCUUUUAUUGUUUGAUGAUCGUUCUGGCAUCGAAAUUCGACCAUGUUGGCGCUAUGCAUCGGAAAACCAUAUGGGUGCUGCAAUUUUCGCAACAAGAGAUUGGGCUAAAGGAUCACGUAUCAGUACCUUGGUGGGAUGUAUUGCUGAACUUAAACAUCACGAAGAAGCUGCAUUUCUGAAGCAUCACAAAAAUGAUUUUUCGGUUAUGUAUUCUUCUAGGAAAAAUUGCUCUCAGUUGUGGUUGGGUCCCGCUGCCUACGUUAAUCAUGAUUGUCAUCCAAAUUGUGAGUUCACAAUUAACUGUGAUAUUGACGCUCGUAUGAGUUUGGAAGCAAAAACGGAUAUAAAAUGUGGUGAUGAAAUUUUUAUCUAUUAUGGUACUCACUUUUUUGAUACAAAUAAUAGAGCUUGUGAGUGUUUUACCUGCGAGUUAUUGGGGCGCGGUUAUUUUAGUAAAUUUACACAAACGAUUGACAAUGCCACUGUUUCCAAUCAAAAACUGAUUCCAAAUAUUGUGAAUGGUCAAGAAAACUAUACCAGAAAUAUAGCGUCGUAUCACAAUGCCCGUUACAAUCCUAAUGCUCGUAGUCAUGUUCUUCUUGAUAAGAUGAACUUAUUACCAGAUAAUACUCUGUCUGCAUGUAAUGAUGCACAAAAUGCUAAGCAAUUAUCUUUGGAUUUUUUCCUCGAAAAGGGAUCUUCCACUGGUUUAGCUUGUAAAGCAUUACCUAAUGCCUACGCCUUACGCCAUACUGGAUCUCGUCUAAACCGCGUUAAAGCUCGAUUAUUUGCUGCAAAAGUAGCUUCUAUAAACAGAUCCUUUGGUGUGAACAGUCAAGAAAACAGAAAGCCAAAAAUCAAGUCUUCUUACAAAAAGUGUAAAUUAAGAAUGACAAUUUCAAAUAUCAUUCCCUCUUUAAAAAGAAACAAGUCAAAAUCAAAUCCCCACGCCAUUGGUAAAAAAAACCUAAUGAAAUCUGUCGCUGCCGUAAAAAGCCGACAAAUAUUGUCUGACGCUCAAGCAAAGGACAAUUUUACUUCGAGAAGAAAUAUCGGUAACCUGUCUGAUCACAGUAUAGUUUGUGAUGGUAUAUCAUGGCAGGAAUCCGAUGGGACAAGUAGUGGAUUAGGGCGGAGUGUUAACAAUGACAGUAGUGGCUCCAAUAGUCCAUUACCACCAGAUUUGGAUCGGAUGUCAUCGACUUCACCAAACAAUUCACUCAGUGAAACGAUUGUUGUUACACCUGAUCUUAAAUCAUCUUACUAUCUUGAAUCACUAGUUCAAAAGUGCACUGACAAUCGGAAUAUGAAACGAAAACCAUGUAGUAUUAGUGCUGAGUCUUCUAUACCAAUCAUCAGUCCAUUACGAAUUACAGCUGAAAAUGAACUAACAAAGAAUGUGGAACCUAUUUUGGGACGACUUAUGCAUGAAACAAAGUGUAGUAGUGAUUUAAAAAGCCCACUAACUACUAAUUAUAUAUUUAAUCAAUCUACUACUUCUGAACACUGUCGAAGACGUUUAACAAAUUAUGAUGCUCGUUUGAUAGCCGAGGCCAGUUUGCUCACUCCGGUAUCCAAACAAAGGCAACGUAAACCGCCAAGUUAUCCAGAUUCUGUAGAGUAUGUUUCAUUUAAAAAUACGGUGAGAUCUAAAACAAGGUCAAUAAAGUGUGGAAAUAAAGAUGAACUUUUGAAUGACAAGUCACAAAAUAACAACGGCCAUGAUGUUAAAGAUGCAAAUGACGAUUCUAAAAGUUUUUAUACUAAGUACAACCCACAAUUAGGGUUAUCUUUUGUGGGGAAUAAAUAUGUUGCGGCUUCGGGAACACAGUGUUAUGCAAUGCCGGACCAAUGUACGGAUAUUGAGUCUUUUUCUGAGGAGCUGAUACCCCCAUUACUAACCAGUCCUUCGAAACUUCAUACAACGUCAUCAUUUACUUUGUCAGAUAGUUCUCAUGAUGUGGGUCCUCCCUCCAUAUAUUCCACAGCUGAAGCAGAUGAUAGAAGUGAACUCAUUUCGAUUGAUUCUGAACUCACUGAACCCAAUUUAGAUACUGAUUCCUCAUGUGAUUAUCAUAUUUCUAACACACCCAUAAUCCCUUUCAGUCUUUAUAAUAAGUCCAUUACAAAUGACAAAAAAAGUUCUUUAAUGUCAGCUGAACAUAUUCUUAUAGAUCAUGAUUACUCUUUGCCAGCAUAUGAUGCUGAAUGUACUCUAGUUUCGGAUCCAAUACUUAACACUAAAAUAAACAACCAAGACCACCGGCAGAAAUCCGAGAAAAAUUCACUUCAAAACUAUAGUAUCAAUAAUAAUAAUGAUAAAAACUUUAAUGCAUAUUUACCAGAAGUCGUCCGUACACCUCCACCUCCACUUCUGCAACCAGAAACUCAAUCUAGUAUUUUCGAAUUGUAUGCUCGUGAUUCACCACGUAAAAUUAAAAAUGAUUUCCUCUCAAAUUCAUCUCAUAUCCCCUCAGUUUCCUACGCUCAUAAUUCAUGGCAGUCUCGAACUUCAGAUACAAAGGACAUUUGGCACCCUGAUCUUCUGUUCUCUGACUCUUCUUCACCAGAUUCUCGCCGUCUAACGGUUACUCUUAAACGCGUUGGACCUAAGCAUUAUCAAAUAUCUCAACCAAGUAGACUUUUUAUUGAUUGAAAAAGAUAUUUUGUCUAUAAUAUAUGACUAUGCUUCUUUUUACUUUCACGCAAAUUUAUAGAGAUGUUUUUAUUCCUUGUUUAUGACCAGCAUUUUCGAUUUCUUACUACCUCAGAUUUCUCAUUUAUAUAUAUGUACUACAUAAAAAUCCAUAUUCAAUCCUAUUAUUUUCUUUUAGCAUGGUAAUUAUUGUCAGUAUGUAUAUAAUGUUAAUAAAAAAGCACUCUGGCUGUUGUUAACAGUACACCUCUUUUAUUCUGUGAUUGCUUUUAUGUAAUGAGAUUCUUUAAGUAAUCUGAAGUCCAAAUGCAAUACAGUCUUAUGAGCUGGAAAAGUUUAAAAAUGGCAAAGAUUUUUAAAUUAUGACAGUGAUUACUGAUCCAACAUCUAGAUCAUCUUGCUACAGACGUAGUUGCGGAUUCUAGCUAUCGCUCUACAUACUUCACUAUAAGUAACCAGAUAAUGUCACUAGUUCUCACACUGUCUGACACAAAGCCGAGUAUAUAAACAUGUACUUGGUGAGUGAGUUACAUUAUUUAAUUAAUUAAUGGGGAGAAAAAGUGUGGAAAUGUUUAAUUCACAUUUUGCACCCAUAGUUAUUACUUUUAAAGACAAGGAGAGAAGUAACUGGACAUGGAGACCACUUCAUGUAGUUGGUGAGAUCUAUUAGUCAGCGACGUAACUUCAGUCUUAGUAUUAUAAGCAGAGAUAGUUGGUGGCUAGCAGUGGAAUCCAAGACGCACGUUUCGUUUGACGUCUGCUACUAUAUAGUUAUCCGUAUCAUUUAGGGAAUUAAUCUUCUGAGACGGCAACCCCAAGGUAAUGUGAUCUGAUAAAUAGACCGAAUUAUCUAGCACUAACACGAAAGAAAUGCAUGACAACUUAUUUUUCGUAGACCGAGAUAUUGUCCACUUUUGCUAUACUAUUUAGUUCUAUAUAUCUUUUGGUGCUUGGUCAAUUUCCUAAACAAAGAAAAACUACACUUGAAAAUUCUGUCUAAUGGUCAUGAUAUAUAUGUAUAAAGCUUUUCUGUGCUAACGUGUUUCACAGGACCACCAUUAACCGAAGUCAACUAGUUAUUAUUGCUGAGUUUGUAUUGCAGCACCAGCGAAUAAAUUCCGAAUGGACACAUUAGUACCUCAAUUGGCUAUAAGUUGGGUUAAAAAAGAGUCCAUCUAGGCAGUACCACAUGAUGAAACAAAUGAGUUCUUAUUUAGAUGAAGAACAAUGCCUUAAUUGGUAAUUUAUUCGUUUACUUUUAUUAUAGAGAGUAUUGGAGCAGUAUAUAUCAACUGACAGAUAAUUCCCAUUUAAACAUUAAAAUUAAAACACGAAGUUCAGCGAAAGGAUCUCUUUUCAACGAAUUUAUUAUCAAGCUGUACAAUCGCAUAAAUAUUAAAAUUUUUUUGUUUUUGUAAAAGUAUAUAUCAGUAUGAAACGUAGUUUCACAUCGAGUAAACAUUAAUUUGACCACAUUGGGAUUAGACAUAAAACUUUCCAGUGUGACAUUUCAUACUCCAUCCUUUAUAUGAAUUGAAGAUAUGUGUAUUUCAUGGAUAAUUUCUAAUACUGUUGGUCUACUCGGAGCUAGUGGCAACAUAAAGCUUAUUUUUGGACGGUGUAUUAAUCAUUUUCGAAACAAAGAUUUUGAUAAGUUUUAUGUGUUGUAUUGGUUUCCAGAUUAUACAUUGUUUUCUACAGAAAUUUUGAAGUAGUGUUUACUUUAUUAUGUAUUAUCAUAAAGUCAUGGCUAGUUAUGUGGAAUUAGAAACCACCAAUCCAUACUUAUUUCUUCAAAAUACUUCCUAGUAGUAUCGGAUAAAGCUUUAUUUUGAAUAUCAUUUGAAAAAUUUUCAAGUGAAACUUCCAAUUUAACAUUGCACUUCAUAACUAAAAUUUCGUGUAACUUCUUCAACUACUUAUUUAUGGUUUAUAGCAGCACUAUUCUCCCGAAACAAAAUUAAGAUGUCUAUGAAGCUAGAUGCUAGAUUCAUACACUGGAAACUACUUAAUCUGAAAAUUAUUCGGUUAGUGUAACAAUUCAGUUACAUUUAGAUAUUGUAUUAUUCCCAAUCAGGUUAUU